AUGGGCCCACCCGUCUCCAUCAGGAAUAAUAACACUCCUGGCCCAUCUGUCAUAGUCGACGAUAUAUCUACCUUUGGCCCAUGGUCCGCUGGCCCAUAUCAUACGGGAUAUUAUGCACGUCCGUUCACUUGUAUAAUACAGAGAUAUGUUACUGCAACAUGUGGCAUUGUAUCGAAAAUCCCACCAGAUGCAAAACCUCUUGCGUUCAUUUUGUAUGCCAACAAAGCAAAAUUGUCAUCAUUCGGUCAUGCGAAAGGCUAUCCAGUAGUCGCUCGCUGUGCUAAUCUUCCUAUUGCAAUUCGCAAUGGAAAAGGCUUGGGUGGAGGGCACGUUGUUGGUUGGCUGCCUAUCGUAAAGGAAGACAAGCAGCAUUCUGGAAAGCCUGCUUUUGUCAACUUCAAGAAUGCGGUGUGGCACACCUCGUUUCUGAAGAUUCUUGACUGUCUGGCACCGCUAUUGAGGUUUGGUUCUGCCAUCAAAUGCUGGGACGACAUUUCUCUUACAUCUCAAUGUGUUCACUGUUGUAGGGCUGUAAUGGCAUUGAUUUGUGGUUUAAUGGGCAAAUUUCCUUGUCCUGUCUGUCUAGUGCCUCACGACGAGCUUUCAAACACUCUCAAGGUAUUUCCUCUCCGCACAUGCACAGAAACUAAGGCAUUGCUUGCUCGAGCAGAACAGAUCUUGAGUUCCCAGAGCCUCCGUGAUAGUUCAUUCGGUGUUCUGGAGCACACCGACAUUCACAGGGCUCUAUCGCACGACAAACUCCACUUCAACGACGAGGGAUUGUUCAGUGAUCACACCUGGUCCGAACUGCAGAAAUGGGUUGAACAUUUGGGCCGACAGGCCACUGUCCAGAUUCACAGCUUCUUUCAAUCAAUUCCGCAUUGGCGAAACCUGAAUCACUUUGAUCAGGUUAUAUCAGUAUCAUUUACCGACAGAACAAAAUAUGAAGACAUCUCUAAGCUUAUUGUAUUUGCAGCACAUAAUGUAUUCGACUGUGAUACGGAUCUGGAGGCAUAUCUCCUGCUCCGCUGUAUCCGAAGCUAUGUGGAGUUCAAUAUGUAUGCUUUGUUAGAGGUUCAUACUGAAGAUACCAUCAAUAAUGGCUGGGAAGCGUUGUCAAAGCUCACUGGAUUGAUGGAUAAAUACAUCGAGGAUACAGCAGAGAUGUCCGAGAAGUCCUGGAAUUUCCCCAUGAAACAUCUUUCGGCCCAUCUCUUUGAUGACAUCGAGGCGAAAGGUGUUUCUCGAAACUACAGCACCAAGCCGAAUGAGAAAAUGCACGGCCCAUUGAAAGAUGCCUAUCAAGAUCACACAAAUUUGAAGAACUUUGCUGAACAGAAUCUCAGCAUAUCUGACAACUUAGAAGACCAACCCGAUACUGCACUCCAGGAGACCGACAACUCAGAUGAUAUUGAUGUUGACUCGACGGAACCUACUGAUGCCCAACAUUUUACUCUCGGUUCAAAGCAGGCAGCAAUGUCAUUCACACUCAUCAAGGCAGGUAGUCCGGGUAAUCCAGCAUUUGAUAGAUUUCGAAUCAAGCUAAACGACUUUCUGAACCGUGCGUUUGCUGCCAACAGCAUACUGUUUCCAGGUGGACGACAGAUUCAACUCGUUGCGAGUGACGUGAUCAUGGAAUAUCGAUUCCUUAAAGUAAAUUUUGAGUCACUUGUCGACUGGCGAACCGACACUGGCAUCAUCUUUGGCAAACUAGUGUUGAUUCUCACAUGCACAGUAGGGGAUGUUCAAUAUCCUGUCACGCUUGUUCUCCCAUAUGAUCAACCAGUCGGCAUUCGUCCACAAAAGGACAAAGACUUUCAGUUUUGGCACAUUAAGAGAAAGCCUAGGGCUUCUGCAGAGUUUUUCUCGGUUCACUCAAUUGUUCGGGGUUGUAUGAUAGUAGAGGAUGUCAGCAGACCUGACGAGUUUUUGAUUGUUGACACUAUUGAUACAGAUAUGUUCCUUCGAAUGCAGGACAUCCGCAGCCAGGUCAUGCUGUGUCACAAUGGCCCACCUCAUGUCAGGUAA